UUGAAUUUUGUCCUCUCCAGCUGAAUUUUCGGGCGAUGUGGCACUACAUGACAUCGGAAUUCACGUUUAUAACCUCUCCACAUCAUCAAAACUUCUCACUGAAUAGCUUCAGUCAACCACUCCACAACUGCUCAUUCCCUCUGUGAUAAAAAUAAAACUCAGAUAAUUAUAAAAAAAUAUAAAAAGUGUCACGCCAGAGUGGACGAGCAAAACUGUCAAAAUCCUGGAGAUAUGUGUGUGAUCAAUACAACAAGAUGAAUUUAUUAUUAAACAUAUUUGGUGCUUUCUAUUUUUUGAGCAUAUGCAAUUUAUCGUCUGCAUGGGACAACGAGGAAUUGGAGGUCUUCGAUGUCGUCGAGGAAGUUAAUCAAAAUUUUUAUCAACUCCUUGGAGUGCCGCAGGAUGCAAAUGGCCCGACAAUCAGGAAAGCAUUCCGUCAAUUAUCUUUACAACUUCAUCCUGAUAAGAACGAUGCAGCAGAUGCAGAUGUUAAGUUUAGAAACCUGGUGUCGGUCUACGAAGUUCUGAAGGAUCCAAACCGUAGAAAACACUAUGAUAAUGUGCUCAUCAAUGGUCUCCCCAACUGGAGAUCUGCGGUAUAUUAUUACCGCCAUGUAAGGAAGAUGGGACUCCUGGAGAUGAGUGUAAUCCUCUUCAGUAUCAUCACAAUCGGUCAAUAUCUCGUGGCAUGGGCUGCCUAUUUCGAGAAACGCUACACAUACGAGCAGGUAUUAGGUAGUAAACUCCAAAAGCUCCAGAAGAAGAACAAAAAGGGGAAAAUGGAGGUUCCAGAUUUGGCAGAUAUUCUGCAGAAGAUCCCAACACCCAGCGUUUACAAUACCCUGCCCUUUCAACUGCCCUGUUGGACAUUUUACUCGAUAGUUGGAAUUCCCUCGACGAUACGAGCCAUUAGGGAUUUGAUUGAGGAGAGAAAACGCAGAAAAAAGGAGGAGGAAGAGGCGGCUCUAGCUGAGGAGGAGGAAUCCGACCCUGAGCCGAUCCUAAGAGGUCCACGAAGACGGAGACAAGGUUUCACACCUCAAGAACACAGUGGAAACUCAACAGAAACAGUAAAAAGGGAAUUCACACGUCCAAAUCACGUCCACGAGAAACCUAAAAUUGUGGGGGGCCUCUGGACUGAUGAUGAUUUACUGGAGUUGAUAAGACUUGUUAAGAAAUUUCCUGGAGGGACUCCAGAUCGAUGGGAGAAAAUCGCUGAUGCAAUGAGUAGAACGGUUUAUGAAGUGACACACAUGGCGAAGAAGGUGAAGGACGAGGGGUUUAAACCUAGUCAGACUGCUGAUGAGCCUCCGGUCGAUCUGCAACCAAAGAAAGUGAAAACAAGGGCGGAAAAUGUUGAGGGGACUGACUGGAGUCAGGAGCAGCAGAAGGCACUGGAGUCUGCUUUACUGAAACAUCCGAAAGGGUCUGCUGGGGAUAGGUGGGAGAAAAUUGCUGCCUGCGUCGAUGGCAAGACGAAGGAGGAAUGUCAACUGAGAUAUCGACAGUUAGUCGAGCUGGUGAAAAAGAAGUCACAGCCCCAAGAGCAGGUACAAUGAAUCUCCAAAUAUCUCCAUAUGUAAAAAAGAUAACAGAUUCUCGUCACCAGCUUCCCCUUGAAUCUACCAACGCUCCUAGGACCAAAAAUCCCUCUAAUGACUUAAUAUCUAAUUGGAGGCUCAUUCAAUGAAAAAGUACGAACGCAUCAACAAAUCUUCCUUGAAAAAAUUCGACACUCUUGACAUGUAAAUAAAAAAAAAAACGAGAAUGUUCAUUAUCAGAAACAAAACAGAGAUGAAAAUUUUACUGUAAUUUUGUUAUGAAUGAUUAUCUUGAAUGUAUUUAUUUAAUAAAUUUAUUGAUCAAA